UAGGUGUUGAGAUAAAAAUGUUAUGCAUAAAAAGUACUAAUUUAUUUAUUGUUUAUUUAUUUUAACAUGAAUAACUGAAAAUAUUUACUGUUUAAAAAUAUAUUAUAAAUUUAGGUACAAGUCCACAUAGGUUUGGUGUAUAUCAGAUAGUGUUGCCAUCCAUACACAACCAUCAACAUCAAAAUGAAGAAAUGAAUGAAGAUGCCUGUGUGGGCAUGAACUAGCAGUUUGUUUGCCAUGAUGAUGGAAGAGGAAUCAAACAAGGAAGGGGAGACGCUCAUCGGUGCAUGCACAAGCAGUGAUAAUGAAGACUUUGAUGCGGAGUUUGAGCUCUCUGGUGCCAGCAAUGGGCGGCUUCCUGCAAGCCAGGGCUCGGUCGGUAUCCAGUCUGGGGGUGGGGCGUGUUGCAGCAACUGUUACGUUAUCACAGCCUCCCUCAUGGCAUCUCUUGGAGGAGUGCUGUUUGGAUAUGAUAUCGGUAUCAUAUCUGGUGCAGUCCUACAGUUGCGUGACGUGUUCUGUCUGUCAUGUCUUGACCAGGAGCUGGUGAUCAGCGCCAUGCUCAUGGGUGCCAUGCUGGGAUCCUUCAUCGGGGGUUUCCUGAUGGACCACUGUGGAAGACGGUCUACCAUCAUUGGGAACUCAGUUGUAUUUCUUCUUGGAGCCCUUAUUCUUGGUUUUGCACCCAACUUUGGCGUGUUGGUUGUUGGCCGGCUCCUGGUGGGGUUUGCAGUAUCAGUUUCUGCAACAGCAGAAUGCAUAUACAUCUCAGAGAUAGCUCCACCGAAGCAGCGAGGUCUCCUGGUAUCCUUCAAUGAGCUGGGGAUCACAGUGGGACUUCUGCUGGCAUAUCUCUGCAACUUCCUACUGAUUGACGCUUCCAAUGGCUGGCGAUGGAUGUUUGCGCUGUCGGCCGUUCCGGCAGUCGUGCAGGGGGUGGGUAUGGUGUUCCUGCCUCGGUCUCCACGAUUCCUCAUGCUGAAACGGCGGGAGGAUGAGGCGGAAGGGGUUCUGAAGAAACUGCGUGGGUCCAACAGGGUGGAGAAUGAAAUCAGUGCCAUACGUGUGUCAAUUGCAAAUGAAAAGAACCAGAGGUGCCUAGAUCUUUGCAGUGGACAGGAUGGCAUGCGUGGACGGAUGUUCAUAGGAGUAGGACUCGUCUUUUUCCAACAGUUUACAGGCCAGCCCAAUGUCCUGUACUAUGCUCCCACAAUAUUUGAGGACAUCGGAUUCCGGUCGGAUUCAGCUGCCACGCUUGCAACUGUGGGCCUUGGAAUCGUCAAGGUGGUGAUGACUGUGAUAGCUCUGGUGUGUGUAGACAAAAUUGGUCGCAGGAAGUUGCUAUGCACUGGCUCCCUUUUCAUGGGUAUCAGCAUAAUAGCACUGGGAACUGUCUGCCACUUUGAGCAAGGCACAGACCCUCAAAAGGCGUGUGUGGACCAUUCCAGUUGUUCAAGCAAUGAUGAUCAUAGUCACAUGUUCCUGUCAUCCACUUUCCAGGCACUGUCUAAGCAUAAUAUUAGUUUAAAUACAUCAACAUCUGCAGUUAGUGCCUUCAUGACACAAAAAUCAUCUGUGAUAUUAAAACAACCCUUUUACGCAAAUGAAUCAAAUGAGAUUCAGGCAAAAAGUGCCAAUAGAGAGAAUGAUUUUGGGAGUUCAAAGGGAGAUAAUCAAACAGACAAAAAACACAAUGCCACUAAUAAUAAUGGCAUUUUGAAAGCAAAGGGAGAUAAUACAUCAGAUGGUAAUAUUUUCAUAAACCAAACCAAGGGGACUAACUUGGAUGAAAGACUUGGCAUUCCAAAGGGAUAUAAUAAUAGUGAUGGUAAUGUUUCCACAGGCAAGAUAAAUGGCUCUAAGCUUCAGAGGGCAGUGGGCUUUGUUGCCUUGAUGUGUUAUGUUGCAGCUUAUGGCUUUAGUUUUGGACCAGUGACUUGGUUAGUACUGAGUGAGAUAUUUCCAGCGGCAGUGAAGGGUCGUGCAAUUGCCAUGGCAACUGUGUUCAACUGGGGCACCAAUCUCAUUGUUACCUUUACGUUUCUGGACAUCAUGAAUGGUGUUGGAGUGACGUGGACUUUCAUACUGUUUGGUCUAAUCUGCUUCCUCUCGCUGGCCUUCAUUUUUGCCUUCGUACCGGAGACGAAAAACCGCACUCUGGAACAAAUCUCUUCUGACUUGAAGGCAAAGGCCGAGACACUUUGCUUUCCAUCGUCCAUUCGAAUGCGUCGCAACUGUGGUUGGUUGUUGUGCUGCAUUGAUAGGCAACAGUCCUUUGGUAACCAUGGUAACUACAGCAGGGUGGAGUCAGAGACAGUCACCUGAUUUCAGUUGUUUUUUUUCUCUGUAAUUUUGAAAUUUCAUUACCGGGUAUUUCCACAUUAGAAGAAGUGGGGAAAUAAUUUUUCUUCGUACUGUCCUUCAGAUACUUGGAAGGCAAACUAAAUUGAGCCGCGCUCUGUGAAAAGGGGUUUAAUGCAUGUGCGUAAAGUGUCAUCCAAGAUUAGCCUGUGCAGUCUGCACAGGCUAAUCAGGGAUGACACUUUCCGCACAAACUGGAUUUUCUUCAAGAAAGAUCUUCCUUUUAACGAAAAAUACAAUAACUGCGAAAAGUGUUGUCUCUGCUUAGCUUUUGCAGACUUCACAGGCUAAUCUGGGACAACACUUAACGCAUAUGCAUUAACCCCCUUUUUCACAGAGCGCGGCCCAUUUAUCUAUCCCAUGAUAUCUAGAGAAAGCUGUAACCUACAACCAUGCAAGUUGGAUUUAUGGUAACAUGGGAUAAGAGGAAAAUGCCUCUUGAUUUUGACAUCAAUUAGUCAAAGGUACAGAUCUCAGUAUUGCUACAUGCUACUAGUAUUAUUAUGUAUUAAAUAUAGUUUACCUUUUAUAUCCCUUAAUAACAAUCCCUUAAGAAUUUUUUUUUGGGGGGGGGCAUUAUCUCUUGUUUUAUUUUAUAAGACAUCAAUGAAUAAUAAAUUAUAUAGUUUUUAUGCCCCCCUUUGAAGAAAAGGGGGUAUAUUGUUUUGCACAUGUCAGUCCUUCCGUAUGUCCGUCCGUCCGUCCACCAGAUGGUUUCUAGAUGAUAACUCAAGAACGCUUAGGCCUAUGAUCAUGAAACUUCAUAGGUACAUUGAUCAUGACUCGCAGAUGACCCCUAUUGAUUUUGAGGUCACUAGGUCAAAGGUUAAGGUCAUGGUGACCAGAAAUAGUAAAAUGGUUUCCGGAUGAUAACUCAAGAAUGCUUAUGCCCAGGAUCAUGAAACUUCAUAGGUACAUUGAUCAUGACUCGCAGAUGACCCCUAUUGAUUUUUAGGUCACUAGGUCAAAUGUCAAGGUCACGGUGACCCGAAAUAGUAAAAUGGUUUCCUGAUGAUAACUCAAGAACGCUUAUGCCUAGGAUCAUGAAACUUCAUAGGUACAUUGAUCAUGACUUGCAGAUGACCCCUAUUGAUUUUCAGGUCACUAGGUCAAAGGUCAAGGUCAUGGUGACCCGAAAUAGUAAAAUGGUUUCAGGAUGAUAACUCAAGAAAGCUUAUGCCUAGGAUCAUGAAACUUCAUAGGUACAUGUACAUUGAUCAUGGCUCGCAGAUGACCCCUAUUAACUUUCAGGUCACUAGGUCAAAGGUCAAGGUCACAGUGCCAAAAAACGUAUUCACACAAUAGCUGCCACUACAACUGACAGCCCAUAUGAGGGGCAUGCAUGUUUUACAAACAGCCCUUGUUGUUUAAUACUUUGUAUAAGCAUGUGUAUCUUUUUGUCACUCCAUUUUUAUUGUUCGUGUAAUUCCAUUAUUCUUUCUGUAAUAUGUAUAAACAAAAGAAUAUUUAUGUAUAUAAUGUUGUAAUUCCUCUUUCACAAUGUAAUUUACAUACACAACUUUGUGUCUUGUUCCAUGCAUCCAACAUAUGCAUCAAAGUUAGUUUUUAACAAAUUGACAUAAAUAUUGCUACAUAAUAUUGAUCAAGAUUUAAGUCUUUUAGUACCGGUACUCAUUUUUGGCUCACCUGAGCACAACAUGCUCAUGGUGAGCUUUUGUGAUCGCCUUUUGUCAGUCGUCCGUCGUGCCUUGUGCGGCGUCAACAUUUGACUUGUUAACUCUCUAGAGGCCACAUUUAUUGUCCAAUCUUCAUGAAAUUUGGUCAGAAGAUUGGUCUCAAUGAUAUCUUGGAUGAGUUUGAAAGUGGUUACUUUUGCUUGAAAAACAUGGCUGCCAAGGGGGGGGGGGCAUUUUUCCUAAUAUGGCUAUAUAUGGCUAUAGUAAAAUCUUGUUAACACUCUAGAGGCCACAUUUAUUUCUGAUCUUCAUGAAACUUGGUCAGAAGAUUUAUCCCAAUACUAUCUUGGACGAGUUCAAAAAUGAUGACGGUUGGUUGAAAAACAUUGCCGCCAAGGCGGGGCAUUUUUCCUUAUAUGGCUAUAUAAGGCUAUAGUAAAAUCUUGUUAACUCUCUAGAGACCACAUUUAUUGUCCGAUCUUCAUGAAACUCGGUAAGAAGAUUCAUCCCAAUAAUAUCUUGGAGAAGCUCAAAAAAGAUGCCGGUUAGUUGAAAAACAUGGCCACCCCGGGGGCGGGGCAAUUUCUCUUAUAUGGCUUUAGUAAAACCUUGUUAACACUCUAAGAGGUCUCAUUUAUUUUCCGAUCAUCAUGAAACUUGGUCAGAAGAUUCGUCCCAAUGAUAUCUUGGAUGAAUAUGAAAAUGGUUUUGGUUGCUUUAAAAACAUGGCCACCAGGGGAGGGGCAUUUUUCCUUAUAUGGCUAUAUAUGGCUAUAGUAAAACCUUGUUAACACUCUAGAGGCCACAUUUAUUGUCCAAUCUUCAUGAAAUUUGGUCAGAAGAUUGGUCUCAAUGAUAUCUUGGAUGAGUUCGAAAAUAAUUAUGUUUGCUUGAAAAAAAUGGCUUCCAAGGGGCGGGGCAUUUUUCCUUAUAUGGCUAUAGUAAAAUCUUGUUAACACUCUAGAGGCCACAUAUACUGUCCGAUCUUUAUGAAACAUGGUCAGAAGAUUCAUCACGAUAAUAUCUUGGACGAGUUCAAAAAUGAUGCUGGUUGGUUGAAAAACAUGGCUGCCAUGGGGGUGGGGCAUUUUUCCUUAUAUGGCUAUAGUAAAACCUUGUUAACACUCUAGAGGCCACAUUUAUUAUCCGAUCUUCGUGAAACUUGGUCAGAAGAUUUGUCCCAAUAAUAUCUUGUUAUCUCAGGUGAGUGACUUUGGGCCUUUCAGGCCCUCUUGUUAAAUUUACAUAAGUAAGGUAAAUAAACAUUUGUUGUAAAAGUCAUCAACUUAUUUAUUAUGUUUAUAUUACUUCACUUGUUUAUUUCCAUGUAACUAUUUAUUUUUGUUAACUGUGUGAGUAUACAUCUGUUGAUAUUUGGUUGUAAAUAAAUACAUUUAUAUUGUU